GCAGAGACGCCACAACACCACCCACACCUCCAUAGAUAAACAAGCGGUCGACAACCGUCAAGGGCUUCAGGUGCUCGAUGAUUGUGGGGCGGGGGUGUGGGUGUCGGCAGGUGGGUCGAAGCCAUUCCUAUUGCCGACUUUCACCACGCAGGCUUUGUCGAAUGAGAGGCUUUUCGCCAUGGCAAUUGCCGCUUCGCUGGGGCUAUCGACAGGGUGCGUCAGGUCGUGCUGGGUGAGAAGAUACUGCACGAGCUCAGCCUUUGCUGCCAGCUCCAUGAGGACUCUGGUGAAGAAUCUCGACGGGCGUGACGGAAAGUGGUCGCUGUAGAAGAGGGAUAGGUCGAACAUCAGGGAGAUCCCAUGGAAAGUGAAUGGGAUCUCAGGCGAUCGGCAGCACUUCCUGUUGAACUCGUCGAGGGCCCGGAUGGCAAGCAGAGCGUCGCUGUUCAGGGUGGUGUCACAGGGCGUGGAGACGUCAAGCUUCGCCAGCGAUCGACGGCAGCCGCGAGACACGAGCACCUCCUGAAACAGACAGACAGAUCGAUUGAUGGCCCCAGAUGCGCGAUGGAAGGAGACAAGCUGCACACCUGCAGUCGCCGUAGGCCUACAACGGUGUCUUCCCUGAGGUAACCAAGGUUUAUCAGCCCGAUCGUCUCCAGCUGUGCGAGAGGCCCUGCCUCACCAGCAGGCGACACAGGCACAUGCUCGAAGACCUCGGCCCAGUUAGUCGUGUCCCGAUGAGGACACGACACAUCUCUGUCUUCAGGCAAGAGGUGCCGCAAAGAGCGAGAAGUGCUGAUGAAUCGGCCCAAUGCGUAGGCGUCCAUCCUAUGCGCAGUCUCCACUCGCUGCAGCGACGGCAUCUGCCAGUUUCGGUUGGCCAGCACCUGGUGGUGGGACGUCAGACCAUCGACGACCGUCAGGGCGGGCAGGGUGGGCGGAUGGGCAAAUUGUGGGGGCAAAGCUGGCUCUCCUCGUCUCAGCGUCCGCCUCUCCCCGUGUGUCAGCCGAGUCUCGUCGAUUGUGUGGUCGUGAGGGUCCCAUCCUGCAGACCCUCGAUACGUCGCGCCUCUGCAUGGCCUUCAAUGAUGGCGACAAAGAUGUCGAAACACCACCUAGGGAAGGGCACUGGGAAGCAAAAGAGCACGGACGUCAGUCGUGUGAGCCGUGCGGCGAACUGCUGGACAAAAGCCAGAGGGACGCGCUGCCAGAAUGACCGCUCCUCAGUUGGUGACAGCCAGAAGAGGGGCUUCUCCUUGGUCGUGGCAUCGAUGGUCAGGUGGGUGUACUGAAGCGCCGCGUGCCUCCACGUCUCGCGCGACAGCAGAGCCAGCAAGUAGAUGGGCACAAAUGCCGUAAUACAGCUGAGAAGGCCAGGCUGCAAACACCAUGAUUCUGCCCCGCAUUCACUGAUUCGACGUGUGCACGGUGUUACGAACCGUUUCGAUGAUCUGGUCGAGGAGCCGCCUCUCCCUCUCCGCUCUUCGCUGCCCUUCGGCAUCACGGGGAGGCGCGGCAUUGGGGCCGCCUCGCCUCGACUGAAUGGAAGCCAAAAUGCACAUUCAUCGAUAACGUCUGAUGCACCCGCUAAGGCCUCACCUUUCUGGCACCGUUCAUCGCGGGGGGAAGCC